GGUUGGAAUAGCGCCAGCCCUACCACCACCACUAUCCCCACUCCCCCCGAAAUCCAACCCAAAGCUUCUUCAUUCCACCGCUCAUGUUUUCCCCAUCACUCUCAACUUCCCUUCCUCCAAAACCUUACCUCUCUCACCCACUCUCCCCCUCACUCCCACUACCCACCAGACUCCACCAACCACCGUUCCCUCACUCUCGCCCUCCGUUUCCUCCUUCCAUUCGCUGCGGCAUUAGGGAACUCCGAGAAAGAAUCGACAUCGUUAAGAACACUCACAAGAUCACUGAAGCAAUGAAGCUCGUCGCGGCCGCCAGGGUCCGACGGGCCCAAGAAGCUGUCCUAAACGGCAGACCCUUCGCCGAAACGCUCGUUGAAGUCUUGCACGACAUCAACUGCCGUCUCCGAGACGACGACGUCAUCGUCCCCCUAACGGACGUCAGGCCCGUCAACUCCGUCGCCCUCGUUGUCGUCACCGGAGACCGCGGCCUCUGUGGCGGUUUCAAUAACACCGUCUUGAAGAAAGCCGAAGUUCGGAUCCAACAGCUACACAAGCUUGGCUUGAAUUGCGUUGUGAUUAGCGUUGGGAAGAAGGGGAACGCGUUUUUCAGCCGCAAGGGAAGUGUUAGGGUUGAUAGGUUCGUUGAAUGUGGGAGCUUCCCCACUGUGAAAGAAGCUCAAAUCAUUGCUGAUGAUGUGUAUUCACUGUUUGUUACAGAGGAGGUUGACAAGGUUGAGAUUGUUUACACCAAGUUUGUGUCAUUGGUGAAGUUUGAUCCUGUGAUUCAAACUCUGUUGCCGUUAACGGCUAAAGGCGAGGUUCGCGAUGUGAAUGGAAACUGCAUUGAUGCCAUUGAUGACGAAUACUUUAGGUUGACUACAAAGGAAGGGAAGUUGGCAGUGGAGAGGGAUGUUGCUGUCAGGGAAUUUGCUACGCCGCCAAUUAUGGAGUUCGAGCAAGAUCCGGCUCAGAUUCUUGAUGCUAUGUUGCCUCUGUAUUUGAACAGCCAGAUCUUGAGGGGUUUGCAGGAAUCACUAGCGAGUGAGCUUGCUGCUAGGAUGGCUGCAAUGUCUAAUGCAACCGAUAAUGCUAUCGAAUUGAAGAAGAAUCUUUCGGUUGCUUAUAAUCGUGAACGGCAGGCAAAGAUCACAGGGGAGAUAUUGGAGAUUGUGGCCGGAGCUGAGGCACUAAUACCAGUUGAUUGACAAGUUGCAACUUUUCUUGUCAUAAAUUUUGCCUUGAAAUAACAAAAUCUGUUAAUUGUUAUAUAGAACAUGGGAUUAUGAAGUUUGCCAACAUUGUUAACUGCAAGUAGAACUAGAUUAAGGAAUGAGAACUAUAGUGGCUAAUUUUGACCUGUAAUACUUUUAUGUGUUGUUGUAUCAAAGUGAAAAUAUAUUUAUGCUUUCCUUGAUAUUUCGUACUUAUUCAGAUUGCUUAUGUUUUGCUAGUUUUCUAACCAAAUGUAUGAGUUCACUUCAGAAAAUUUGGCGAGUCUCAACGUUUUAAACUGUACCAAGUUUGGCAGAUAAUAAAGUUUUGGCAGGAAGUGAUUGGGCUGAGAUUGUAAAAUUACUUGAUGACAGGUUUAGGAUCAGGGUCUACUUGAAUUCAAAAUUUCUUGGUCUAGAAAUGGCUAGAAGUCAACAGGGUAUUGCAAUGUAUCGAUGCAAGUAUACUUUGCACUUGCUUGAUGAGUUCGGGCUGACGAAUGCCAAAUCGGCCACCACCCCAAUGGAUUACACCACACUAAGUCUCCAAGAAUUUAGGAACCCCUUUGGAUGAUGUCACACCCUAUUGGAGGUUGAUUGGGCGUCUAAUUUAUUUAGCCAAUACCAAUAAAUGUCAUGAUAUAUGCUUCACCGUGAAUAAGCUUAGUCAAUUUCUUGGUUAUGCCACUGCUAAGCACUUCCAAGCUGCGCUCCUUGUUCUUCGCUACCUCAAGGUCAAGGGUGCUCCAGCUAAGGGAGUGCUCUUUUCCACCUCUGAUGAAUUCACGCUUACUACUGUUUCUGACUUAUACUAGAGUGCUUGCCUUGGUACUCGCCGUUUUGUAUAUAUCUGGAUUCUGUUUCUUUCUUGGGAGAUCAUUGAUGUUUUGUAUAUAUCUGGAUUCUGUUUCUUUCUUGGGAGAUCAUUGAUAUUUUGGCGCAGCAAGAAGCAGCACACAAUAGCACGUUCCUCAGCUGAAGUUGAGGACAAAGCAAUGGCACUUGUCAGUUGUAACAACCAAUCGGCUCUUCACAUUGUAGCUAAUCCAGUUUUUCAUGAUGUUUACUAAAUAUAUAGAGAUGGAUUGUCACAUUGUCUAAGAUAAAGUACAAGAAAGAGUAGUGAGCUCCCAGUAUCUUCGGCAAAUCAGGUGCUGAUAUCCUCACCAAGUCACUACCACCUAAUACAUUCUUAUCAUGUAAAAGCAACCCAGGGCUGACCAAUUUUCAUGCCUUCCAGCUUGAGGGGGGAUGUAAUUGAAGAUGUAAAUUAGUAGUAAGGAUAUUGUAUUAGUAUUUAGUAAUAAGUUGAACCAGCAUAUUAAAUUUGCUGACAUUAGCAAUUAGUCAGAAAAUGUGAUAUUCAUCACUCAAA